UUUUUUUUGUAAAGUAAUUAACCAUCUGUGGUGUCACUGUCUUGGUGUCAGUAGCUGAAGUAAUUGUUACAGCAUCGGAACUUGUGGUGUGUUGGCCUUGGAAAGUUGUUGGAGUUUAUACAGCGAUACAUUUUAGUACAUCGCACAGUUGUGUUAUGGAACUGGAUAAAAUGGACGAGAACGACUGGAAAUACCACGGCGAGGGCAACAAAAGCCUAGUGGUUUCUCAUGUUCAGCACGCCAGAGUCCUUCGGCUACUGAAGUAUUCUACAGAAGAUGCUGAAAACUCACCUAAGACAACAGAUCAAGCUUUCCUCCACAUACAGAACAUAGUUGACUAUAGUCAAAAUGUCAUGAAGCCACUGCUGGGGGAGAAAUUCGUCCACAAUGGAGAGGCUGUGAAGCUCCCAUUAGACUUUGUCCGCCAGCUGUCAUUGAAGGUCCAGCAGGAAAGGCCAGAGAAUAAGGGUUUUGGAAGUCAUUAUAAGAAAUGGAUGAUUGUGUUGAGCUUGAAAAGAGACGUUUUGGUUUGGAUAACGAUUAAUCAAAUCGACUCAUCCACCAGCCACCGUCGACUCACUUUUGUUUAUUCAUUCUUGUCUUGUGUUUUACAGCCCAAAUGUGGAUUUCUACCAGCCUCUAGACACAUUACGAAAGACAUCAAGAGGAAGGUGUGCCGGUUUUGUAUGCAUCAACAUUUCAAGUUAGCCAAUGGAAAGUGGAAACGGCUGAGUCGGUACUGUCCCUUGGACCUGUUCUCAGGGAACAAACAGAGAAUGUCCCUCGCCAUCAAGAACUUGAUAGAGGAACCACAGAAUAACUUCAACAUUUUCAAGGGUGGAGAGUGUAUCUACAGCUGUAAUGAUGAUGCCGACGUGUUGCAGGACCUGGAUGAAUUGGCUCAGCAUCUACGACCAUAUUUCCUCCCUAGUGGCAGCCUUCUCAACAGGCAGCAGUCUAGUAAAGUGGUUCUGCAUGAGUUGAUUCAGGUGAUUGUGAGCGCCCUGUUGAGCUCCUGGGACUGUCCUCGCUCCGGGCAGCUCAGGAAGACACACCUGUCUGAGGGCAGAGUGACGUGUGAGGCCAGCCUGCUGCACCGGGACCUGCUACGCAACGGUAACCACUGCCUACCCAAAGAUUGUGUCUUGGACAAAAUCCUGGGGACUCAGAUGUUGGAUAAUUUAGAUAUUGAGGGUUUGAGCCCCCUUCUUAAACGAGUGGAACAGCAUCUACAAAUGUUCCCCAAAGAAAGAUGCAGGCUACAGAUGGACGGGCCGUACAAUGCCAGCUUCCUGGAGAAGGUCCAGAACUGUCCCGUUGAAGACGACGGCUCCCUGGAGUACGCUGUCGGGAAGGUCCACCAGUACAGAGUUGCCAUGACAGCCAAGGACUGCUCCAUCAUGGUCGCCAUAGCAACCUGCGGGGAAGACGACGGGUUGGACCAGAGCCUGGAGAUCCAGACUACGAAGCCUCGUUUCACAUGCUCCGUGUCCAUCCUAGACCUGGACCCUAAACCCUACGAGAGCAUCUCUCACCAGAGCAGACUGGACUCAAAGAUAGUCAACCACUACCUGAGGAGGACACAGCCCAACAACCAGGAACUAGACAACCUGGAGGAACUGGCCAAUCAGAGCCUGUUCCUGGGCCGGGACAGAGACGGAGAGGAUUGUACUCUGGUGUUCCAUCCUGUAUAGCAACUCCCUCCGCUGCCUGGCCUUGUGCCGUCUGGCUGUUACCCCCUCCUCUGUACCCGGACCCUAACCCCCACCUCGUACUCCCAGACCAACCGCUGCUGUGGAACUGAAAUAAUGAUUUGAAUGAACUGAGAAACUUAUCCUUAUUUUAGAUUUGUGUUUUCUCUUUAAAAAACGAAACAUAGUAUGGCAUAUGUUUUUGGUUUUCUAGACCUGGUAAAAAAUGAUUUUAUGACUACCACUAGCUGCAACAGAAUACCAUGUUUGUCUCUGCUGCCAGUAUGGAGGUCAGAGGUCGUUUCACAAGUCAAUGCUAACUAGCGUGACAGGAACAGCUGGUAUGCUAGCUGUUCCUGUUAAUCUGACGACUAAAGUCAAUAGAUUGUUAGUUUACACGUCCUCUUGCAAUUAAACGUAGAUAGUUUCAUUAUUUUGAACCAAAUCUAUUAAUUUUAAAAUGUUGAUUUUUA